AUGGCUUCUCUGACGGCGCUUGGGCAGCGGAUUCUGAUGCUAAUUCCUAGACUCCGUCUUCGAACUGCCUCUUUUUAUUUCAAGUCGACUGCAGUCGAAGGAAUUUUCACAAUGCCAGUGGGUUCGACCAGCAAUAUAUACCCACUAGAAACACACCAGCGGACUACAUAUGCUCUACCACUUCUCUCCAAUGCGUCGACCAAGUCUUUACAGCCGCCGAUGCCCGACCUCUUUCCCUAA